AUGAACCUCAGGCGGAAUGUGGAAAAAUACCCAGAAGUAGCUCCGUCGACGCGGCCCACGGUGGGCACCAACCUGACCGACAUCGUGGCCCCCAGAAGGAUCACCAUCCGGGAGCUGGGCGGGUGCAUGGGCCCCAUCUGGCCCAGUUACUAUGGAAACUGCCGCUCCCUCCUGUUCAUGAUCGAUGCCUCCAACCCCACCCAGCUCUCCGCAGCCUGCGCGCAGCUUCUGGGCCUGCUCUCUGCAGAACCGCUGGCAGAAGCACAGGUCCUGAUCCUCUUCAAUAAAACUGACCUGCCCUGUUACAUGACCGUAGAGGAGAUGAAGUCGUUAAUCAGGCUCCCAGACAUCACUGCUUGUGCCAAGCAGAACAUCACCGUGGCAGACAUCAGUGCCCGCACGGGCACGGGCUUGACCGAGGUGCUGCGCUGGCUCCAGGACACCCACGGAGCCGGCUGAUGACUACUGGGUGGGGGCGUGGCUGGACCGCUCUGUGGGGAGGAGGCGGAGGUUUGUUCUUAGGCAGAUAGGUACCCGGCGUAAACGGAGAAGACCGGCUUCAGUGCCUAGUUGCAGUGAUGGGUAAACUGAGGCACCCAGGGUGGAAGUCCCGACAGCCCACGUUGGAAUGAAGAUUGCCCACGGCUAGGAGAGCAGCACCGGCCUGCAGACCUCAGCACCCGGGGCGGCAUGCAGGCAGGGCUCCGGCAGGCAGGGAGGUCAGCAGGGAGAGGUCGG